UUCAUGGCUGUAAACAGAAUCAUUCCCCGAAGAAGGAUUUUCAUUUUAGGUUGGUGACUUCUCCUAAAGGGAGAGGACCAACUUCGAAGAACUGCACCCUGUAUUCAGAUUUUCAGCAGGUAAGAAGCAACAAGCUGCUUGGAUUAAUUAACAGAUAAUUAACAAAUAUAAGAUGAACAACGUAUCUCGUGGAAACGUAACCCUCUCAGGGAAUCUCUUGGAAACGCCUACUUCUCACCAAAUCUCGUGGAAAUGCCUACUUCUCACCAAAUCUCGUGGAAAUGUCUACAUCUCAGCAAAUCUUCUGGAAAUGCCAACAUCUCAGCAACUCGCUUGGAAAUUGCCUACAACUCAACAACUCGCUUAGAAAUUGCCUACAUCUCAGCGAAUCUCGUGGAAUCACCCACACCUCAGUAAAUCUCAUUGAAAUGCCUACUGCCUGCUAUGGCGUAUCUCAUGGUAACGCAACUCCUUUGUUAGGGAAACAAACGCAUCUUCAUCCCAUUUGGCUGACGAAAGAAAUCUAACAUCCCCACCGGCACGGGUCAACAGUGCUUCUACCUUUGGACAAAAAACUUGGCAAUCGCAAGUAGCCAAAUUUGGAUCACCAAGAAAACCUUGAGGCAAGAGCACUUGUUUAAGAGAGUAUCUUUGCGUGUUGUAGUUCGUUGUAGAGGGGGCUACAUCAAUUGGUAUCGUAUGCACUCGUCAUGUGUCGGAUGAUGGUCUGAUUAUCGAGUGGGUGGAAUUAUGGGUGGGUUGGCAAACCAAACUAUUAGCAAAUUGUGAUGAUGGAAACUAGUUGACUUUAUAGGUAGGCAAGGCAACCUUAGGGGCCUGGAUCUAAAACAGUAUUGGUUAGUUAGAGGGCCUGGGAUAAGGAGCACCCUAGUGGGCAUGCCUUUUGACCACCAUUCCGUGCUUAGCUCUCGUUGAGGUCGGACAUAUCUAAAACGCUCCGGUCUUGGCGCGCUAAGUCGAAGAAAGAAAAAAGAAGACUAAAGCUUGAAGAGCUCCUGCUUUGACAGCUAAGUCCUUUUUGAUUUAUUAUAUAUUGUACUGCCUUCUUUACUUCAUUUAUAUCUUUUCAUUUCUUUAAUUUGUUGUUUUGUAAGUUUUUUAAAUUAUUUUUUUUGUUAAUAAAUUGUUUUUAUCCCAGUCGGUUUUUUAUCCAUCUAUCAUCUAAUAUGGUAGCUUUGCUGUGUUGUGGGUUCCUGCUGCUCCUUCUGUGUAACAUCGUAAGGAAAUGGGCUUGCCUCAGAUCCGUCAAACAUAGUUUUGGAAGAGCACAUAACCGUAGAAUGAUCUCUCUACGACUUAAAAAUAACUUUACUCAGGUAGGAAACCCCACAUUUACGCUAAAACUGAUUUUUGUGUUCGUUGUAUUUUUGAGCAAUACAAAACCUUCGUUCAAAAGUAGCUCACCCAACAACAACGAAAUGAGUCGACUAGAUAGGAGUUUCUUUUCUAUCUCUUCACUUGAUGCCUGCAAUAGAGUUUCUGAAAGCCAGCUCACUCUCCAAUUAAAAUUAAUGGCUUUAUCAAAACUUAAGCCAAGCAGGCACAAGUAUUUCUAUUUUUUAAUCCUCUUGUCAGGGGACAUCUGCCUCAACCCAGGUCCUGUUAAGUAUCCCUGUUCUUCAUGCUUAAAACCUGUGGCAAAAACACACAAAGCACUUUCUUGUGACAAGUGUGGAUUAUGGGCUCAUAAAAAAUGUGAGCGUAUUUUCUGAUAAAAAAUAUCAACAAUUUAUGAAGACUCCUGAAGAUAAACUGUUUUUCGUUUGCAGUCCCUGUCUUUCUCGUAAUUUGCCCUUUGCUAAUGAGGAGUCAUUUGGUGAAUGCAGCUGACUCUUGUAAACCACACAGGAUCAGAUCUGCUUCAUGAAGACGCUUUUGGGGUGCCGCAGGGAUCUGUGUUGGGGCCCCUGCUCUUUCUUUUGUAUAUUGAUGACUUAAAAUCUGUCAUCAAUUCAAACUACCACCAUCUAUAUGCAGAUGAUACAAUAAUUAUUUCGUCUCAUAAAAACUUGGAUACCCUUGUCUCCCAGGUCGAGUUAGAACUUUCGCAAGUCGACCUCUGGCUGAAUAAUAACAAAAUGACUAUUAAUACGGACAAAACUGAAACAAUCUUUUUCGGCAACCACAGCCAGUUAAAAAAAGUUGAGAACAAAACUAUCAACUAUAUGGGUAUUCCUUUGAAGAGGAGCGAAAAAGUUAAAUAUCUUGGGGUAACAUUUGAUCAAAAAAUGCAAUGGGAAAAGCACAUUAAUGACAUAAAUAGAAAAAUACUAAUUAAAUAUAAAUAAAUAUCCUGUUUAACACCUCACACAAAAAACCUUUUAAUUAAUGCACUUGUCAUGCCAUAUUUCAACUACUGCUCCUCGGCAUGGGCUUGUGCCACCCAAGGUAGAUUGGGAAAACUAGAAAAACUGUUUAAAUUCACCUAAUUUUUAUAUGGAUCAAGUAAACUAGGGGCAUUAUGUUGGAUUUCCUUAGAAGAAAAAAUGAGACUUCAUUGUUGAUUUUCGCCAUUAUAUGUUUUUCUGUUUUUUGUAUAAAUAUACUAAGGGCUUGAACUCAGUAACAUUAUAUUCACAUUCAAACAUGUUUCUAAUGGUAUAGCUCAGAAGAGGAGAGAAUAGUGGCUACCUUGGACUUUGUAUAGAGUUUUAAUAUACCAGUUGUAUUGUAAAUCUUGCAUCAUUGGCUGCAUCUAGCAGUGUAUUUCCCCUUUUCAUUACAUCGACGUAAUACACUAAAAACCAUAACAAGUUACCAACUUAUGAUAAUGUGUAUUAACAUUGGAAAUUCAAUUUAGUAUAGAAUCAAAAGCAUUUGUUGUUAAAAAUUAAAUAUGGUGUUUAAACCUUUAUACAAGGAAAUUUUAAUUUUGUUUUUAAAAAUUGUCAAUCUGCUCCAUGAGAAAGUGGCUACUGUACACAGUAGUAUUUGUAUUCAAAAUGCAUGGUGGCAAGCUAUAGUGUCAAUGAUAGAGGGGUCUUAUAGAAAUCACUGAAGAGGCAGAUUGACUGUACUUUUAAUAACCACAGCUUUUAAAUAUUUUUUUCUUCUAAAAAUGCCUUCUGAUCAGUCUGUGGACCUAUCCAUUUAGGCAGCAGAACAAUAGAAAAGAACCGCCACUUGAAUUUUAAUGACGCCAACAAGUACCUCUUGAUACACCGCUAUUGUGCAGAGCGUGAAACGCUGAUCAAGAAAGCUUUUUACAAAGGAUUGAAGAGGCAUCAGCUUCAAGAUUAGUCUUAUUUUGGUUGGGUAUUUCUAUCCGUUUCCAAGUUAUUUGACCGCAAUUUUAUAACUGCAAAGCAAUAACUUCACUAAUUUCUUUAAUCAAUGAUUAUAAAUGUUUAUUAGGUGAACAUACCAUUUCUUUCUCCUGAUAUAUUUUCUCAUAAAAACUUGCCCACCCUUGUUCAGAACUUUUACGUAAACUUGAAACUGUACUUGUCAACACUUUGACUAACAACAACUGCUGACUCUGUUCUGGGUUUUUUUGAGGCAUAUUUGCGAUAUCCAGUGGUUGGUUUUGAUCAAUCUUUUGGCAUUGGGAUUUCAGUCGCUGUUAAUAGUACGUUUUGGAGAAAGUCGUAUUUUUUGCAGUGACCAACAUACCGCACAUCAGUUAAUUCAGCUGUUUAUUCCAUGUGCAGUAUAAUUCACAAGCAUAUUUUUAUCUGUCAACUGUUGAAAAUAUGUACACUGAAAUAAAACUGAAAUCACCACAAGUCACUACCUUGCCAACGAUGCCACCAACAACGAGCAAGUCGUGUAAGAAAUGUCAGGAUAUAUACACUAUUUUGAAUGCACAUAUUUUGACAGAACAUGCGGCAAUGACGGGCAACGACGGUAUAUUAAACAAUAUUUUAUUGAACAUGCUUUCCUUGAUGAUAAAUAAUGGAAAUCAGAUUGCCUCUACAGAACCACCUCAUUCUUCUAAUAAUGGUAAUAUUGACCGUUGUCAAACAGUUCCUAUGUCUGUCAUAUCGAAAGCGACAGAUAAACUGACAAGUGAUGCGGAGAAUAUGACGCAAGCUACAUUUGUGUCUGUUGCGACGCCGUUAAAUUCGACAACGUCGUUUCCAAACGACAUUUCAAGUAGUCAAGCCGAAUUGACAACUCGACUUAAUUUUCAACCAGAUCUGUUAACAAAUCUCUUCACCAACACGGCUCUUCCAAAAGUUGAUUUUAACUCUACGCAAGAAUAUCGAGCAAAUUUAGAAGCGUCAAAAUUGUUGCAAAUGCCUAGUAUUGAGUUACCGUUUAUCCUACCCAACCCAACAGAGCUACCGUCGACGACCGGAUUGUUCACCUCGGAUGGAACUCUCACCACGGCGGGCUUGUCUUUACUGUUAGCCAACCAAGCCAAAGGAGAUCAAGGUUCGGGAAAAUCGGAUUUAGAUGUGGCGGAUAUCCUGAUUAACAAAAUGCCGAUUCCUAGUUUGAAUAAAGGUCUAGAUUCCUCACUUCUGCAGCUUUCAACUUUGUAUUUGCAACAAUUAGCUUUGAAUCAACAACAAGAGCAGGAGCGAAAUCAACAGCUGGAAUUAGAUGAACGACAGGAGAUUCCUGUUACUGAGGUAGCAACGUCUAUCAAUACGAAUUUUACAACAAACGAGCUAGCAAAUGCCGUUAGACUUGCCAAAAUAAACCAAGGAGAAACAUCUGUAGCUUCUAAAGCUACUACCAAUCAAGGCGAAAGUUUAAAACAACUCAUUGUCCGCCAUAGGCAAAUAUCUGGUCUAAUCGAGGCAAUGAGCAAAAAACAUAAAAAUCAAGAAAAGGCAAUGUAUAAAACGGACAUGCAGGCCACCAUACAGACUACACCUGGUUACGCAAUAUCACAAAAUGUUACCGAGAAUCGUUUACCUAGCAUUGCAGUUGUUUCUCGCACAAUUGGAGAAAGCAAGACAAUCCCGGUAUCCAUCUUGCCCACAGUCUCCACUGCGCUGCGUGAUUUGCCAUCAUCUGCAGAUGUCACUUAUUCGGCGUCCAAAACAAUGACACCUGGAAGGUUAGUCAUUGCAGCAGGUAGUGUCAGUGAAGCGGACGAUUUAAACAUUCGAAAAAGUAUCCCUGUUGUGCUGGAGAACGCGACCACUGAAAAUUUAUUAAACUUUCUUCGAAUCCAAAAUAAGGUUGUGAAUAGCGCAACGUCAGAAAUUCAGUUUGUAAAACAGAAAAGUCCAGUGCGAGACGAAGAUUAUAAUCCUGUACUUAGUUCUGAAAGCGCGUCAGAUGGAGAGUUGGAAUCUGGCCGUAAGCGAAAAUAUUCAUCUGUUACUAUGGUACCCAUGUCGCAGUAUGACCCGAAUAACCCAAAUAUCGAACCUCUUCCGUCAAGAGUGGUGCCAGAGACGAAGGUGUUGUACAAGUGUGAUGUAUGUGGCGUAACGUUUAGUGUUCUGGCGACGUUACAAGCGCACAUGAGGACGCAUGUGAGUGACAAAACCCAAACUUGCAACUACUGCCAGCUAUCAUUCACUGAUCAGGAUAAGUAUUUCGAGCAUAUUGCAUCGCACAGAGGCGAAGAGAAUGUUCAUCGCUGUCAGUUUUGUCCCAAGAUAUUUACAAGUAAGGGGGAUUAUAACAAACAUAUUACGAAACACACACAAAAACGACCUUAUUUAUGUGCACAUUGUCAGAAAGCGUUUCGCGAUCCUGGAUCGUUGACAAAACAUGAGCGUAUUCAUACCGGUGAGCAACCAUAUGUCUGUAGUAUCUGUGGACGAGGUUUUGCCGAGAAAUCGUCGUUACGAAAACAUUUACGAAUUCAUUCGGGUGAAAAGCCGUACAAGUGCGAUCAAUGUGAUAAAUCGUUUUCCAUAUCAGGUAAUCUUCAGAGACAUAUUUUUAUUCACACUGGACAAAGACCUUUUAAAUGUACGCAAUGUCCGAAAGCUUUUAAUAAUCCAAGUCACUUGCGCCGACAUAUAAAAAACUUGCAUGACAGAAGCAUGUUAAAUGAUAAUACGUCCACUUUGGUAGCACCAAGGACUAUAGAGAUUUCUGCAGUCCAAAUUGAAAAUGAAGACGCAUAAAAAUGAAUAAAUAUUUCACUUGUCGUGCGUGGUUAUUUUGUGCGAAAAUAUAUGUAAAGAUUAUUUUCCCACUAUUCUCUCAUAUUAAUAUAAAGCUUUAUUUUUAAAA